UUUCCAAAAUUACCCAUUAGAGGGCGCUUCUAAUGGUCAACAGAUGGUAAUUUUUGGUCAAUCAACUCGGCGGAUAAUUGACCCUUCAGAAUUGGUUGUAAAAAACAUAAUCCGUGUGCAAGAUUCAAGGGCAGUUUUGAAACGUAAAAUUUGUACAGAUUGAGCCAGGGAGAGUUGAAGUUGGGUCCAAGAUUGCUGUCGGACUUGAUUGUAACAGCAUUGUCACCAUUAUUAUUCUUCACAAAGAUGUGGGACUUCAACUGAGGCUGCACAGGGCAUCUUGAGGAGUGAAUCUCCAGUGAUUUGGGCAUCUCCAAAAACUGGUUUGUGCGAGAUGUAGAAGUUGAAGGAUUUUUUGCAACCGACCCAGUACACUGCAUCUUGUCCGAGUGUGAUCACAAAAGUGAUAUGCUGGUGAGAAGACAACUCUGAGGUUAUCCCUGAAAUCUUGGCCAAAAUUGAACUCCGUCGGAAACACAAGCCAGGAACCAAACAGCAAACAAGUAAACAACAAACACACAAACAACAAAUAAGCAAACAUUACCAAAAACACAAACACUAUCAAAAACACAGACAAAGAGACAAAGACAAACAAACCAAUCAACUUGCAUACCAACUAACAGACACAUGUAAAUACAAGCAGAUAUAGAAACCAACCAGCCAAUGAACAAAUACAAAACAACACAAAGAAAGUAACCAAACAAGCAGAAAUCUCCCUGUGCUGACCUCUGACACCCCCAGCUCCCUACAUACAUGCAUCUGACCAUGAUCCAGUCGCGCACCUACACCAUCACCCUCCACACGCAUGCCGCCUUCACAGUCAUGAACGAGUUGCGGCAGCGGCAGGAGCUGUGUGACGUGGUGCUGUGCCUGGAGGACCAGGCCUUCCGAGCACACAAGGUGGUACUGGCCGGCUGCUCACCCUACCUGCGGGCCAUGUUCACUAACGGCAUGAAGGAGACGGCUGAGGACCAGGUGGAGAUCCACGGGGUGGACCCAGUUGCCAUGGAGAUCAUCUUGACCUUCAUGUACACUGGCUUCAUUGAAAUCAAUGUGGAAAACGUGCAGAUCGUGUUGGCAGGAGCCAGCAUGCUUUCAAUGAGCAGCCUCCGUAACGUGUGCUGCACGUUUCUCCAGUCACAGCUGGAUGCUAGUAAUUGCCUUGGUAUUCACUCCUUUGCUGACAUGUACUCCUGCACAGACCUGGAGAAUGCGUCCCGUCGGUUCAUCUACCAACACUUCCGGGAGGUGAUUCAGGCCGAGGAGUUCUUCCUCCUGGCAGAGCAGGAUGUGGUGGAGCUCCUGAAGAGUGACCAGCUGCAAGUGGAUGGUGAGGAGGAGGUUUACGAGGCGGCUGUCUCCUGGCUGAGCUAUGACCUAAAAAACCGCAGCCGCUGCUGCUGCACAGUGCUGCAGCACAUCCGGCUUGCGCUGCUGGACAAGGACUACUUACUGCAGCGGGUGCACCAGUCGGAGCUCAUCAACCGCUGCUCGGCCUGCCGGGACCGGCUGGCCAAUGCCCUGCGUAUCCGUAACGACAACCAGGCUCUGGCUCUCAUUGGAAGCCGGUCGCAGCCUCAGAGCAUCUAUGUGGUUGGCGGGCGGAACAGCGUGGACUGCCAGCUCAGUAGCUGUGAGCGAUACGACGUGUCGCGGGACCGUUGGGUGCCACAGGACAGCAUGUCGAUAUCUCGGACGGCAGUGGGCGCAGCUAUGGUCAACGGCCUGCUGUAUGCUGUGGGUGGUGAAUGUGCCUUCACCGGUAGCCGGGAUGACCAGACCAUGUACCUUGGUCAGGUUGAGUGCUACGACCCCUUGCUCAAACGUUGGAGUCCGCGCUCCAACCUCAACAUACCUCGGUCCUUCAUCGCCCUGGCCAGCCUUGGGGGUUACCUUUAUGCCUUAGGAGGGGAGAAUGCCAGUAGCAGCUACAGUGUGGUAGAGCGUUAUAACCCCCUUACAGACACCUGGAACUUCAUGCCCAACAUGAAGCAGAAGAGGUCGGGUUGUGGAGUGGCCGUGUGCGACGGCAAACUUUACGUCGCUGGUGGGUAUGACAAGAACUAUCACACGGAUCGUGCUAGUGUGGAGUGCUUCGAUCCAGAGACAGAGGAGUGGACCUUUGUGGCAGAGAUGGAGAAAGCACGGUCUGGUCUGGCCCUGGUGGCCAUGGACCACUACAUCUAUGCCUUUGGUGGCCGGCUCCGACACACUGAUCAGUAUUUCAACAUAGCUGAAAGGUACAAUACACAAACGCACCAGUGGUCUUCCAUCCGCUCCUUGCAGACACCCAGGGCCUGGCCUGCUGUUGCCAUCUUCGACAACAAGAUCUAUGUCAUGGGAGGCUUCGACGGCACCAACCGGUUGAGAGGUGUGGAGAUCUACGACCCCUACACGGACUCCUGGACAGUGGCCAACAACAUGAAUGUGGCUAGGGCGGGCUGUGGGGCGGCUGUAGUGUGAUCAACCACUGCAGGUUUUGUGUGACACCACAACGAUGUAUCAGUUUUCUAGUAAAAAAAAACAUUUCAGGCUUUUUCAGGUUACAUUUAGGCUGCUCUGACAUUAUUUUUAGGCUCUGAGUGAGAAAUAUUGCUUUGCACACUAAACACUGCUGAGAAAAUACAAGCCAAGUGCCGGUCAAAUUUAAUAUUCAUUGCAUAACGUUUUUGGCUGGUAAUCCGUUUUUGUGGUUUUUUUUAGCCAAAUAUUUCCACGCUUACCAAUUCUCAUGAAAUUGAGCCCCUGCUCCCACAAAAUGAGGGUAAUGUUGGAAAGAGCUUUCCAGUGAUGUAUGACAGACAUGCUACACUGCUUCAGUUUGGAACAGAUGUUUGAAGAAUGGGUUCAGAGAAAAAUCUGACUUGAAAAAAAGGUACCGACAAACAAUUGUAAACUGAUGUCUACAGGAAAACAUGAAAGGAUGGAAACUUGGCAGGUGAAAUGCAAGUCUUUCUAACAGGUUAACCACUUCCUACCGGGUGGAAUUUGCAUAUGCAGGAUGAGUUCCUGGGGGAUUUUUAAGAUUUUCCA